AUGCUCUGGACGGGCGCCCUGCUCCUGCUGGCGGCGCUGGGGGGUGCGGGCGGGGCGCGCAGUUGCCCCCUCCAGCUGCGGGGCUGCAAGUGCGUGGGCGAGAGGCCGAAGGGGCUGGCCCCGGCCAGGAAGCGGGUCAGCUGCAGCGGCGAGGAGCUGAGGGAGCCGCCGGCGCCGCGCUUGCUGCCCAACGACACCGUCACCCUAGACCUAAAGAACAAUUUGAUUAGCACCAUUCAGCCUGGAGCUUUUCUGGGUCUUCAGGACCUGCAACGUUUGGAUCUCUCCAACAACCGCAUUGGCUGCCUCAACAUUGGCCUCUUCCAGGGACUGUCCAGCCUUAUCCGUCUGAACAUAUCAGGAAAUAUCUUUGCCACCCUCCAGAGUGGAGUCUUUGAUGAGUUGCUGUCUCUGAAAGUUCUUGACUUUGCCACUGAAUACCUGACCUGUGACUGCCAUUUGCGCUGGGUCCUAGCCUGGUCCAAAAGCCAUUCUGUCCAGGUAUCUGAUAAGACGGUGUGUGUCUACCCCAGCAAAUUGCAUGGGAAGCUACUACGAAACAUCAGAGAGAGCCAACUGCGCUGUGAAGGAUCCCCAGAGCUGCACACCCAUCAGCUAAUCCCCUCUCUGAGGCAAGUUGUCUUCCAAGGAGACCGACUCCCUUUCCAAUGUACAGCCACCUAUCUGGACAACAGCACACACAUCCUCUGGUUCCACAACCGUGCACUUGUGCAAGAAGAUGAACCUAGCGGCAUCAUCUUAGAGGACAGCCUCGUUCAUGAUUGCACUUUAAUCACAAGUGAGCUCAUCUUGUCAAACAUCCAUGUCUCAGCUAAUGGUGAAUGGGAAUGCACCAUCUCCACUGCCCAGGGCAAUGUUAGCAAAAAGGUGGAGAUUGUUGUGCUGGAGACCUCAGCCUCGUACUGUCCACCUGAGAGGGUUACCAACAACCGUGGAGACUUCAGGUGGCCACGGACCUUGGCUGGCAUCACUGCUUAUCAAUCCUGUCUCCAGUAUCCCUUUACUUCUGGGAAUGCAGGCUCUGGCCAUGAAAAGCAGGCAUGGAGACACUGUGACCGCACAGGCCACUGGGAAGAAGGGGACUAUUCACACUGCUUGUACACCAAUGACAUCACCCGUGUACUCUACACCUUUGUGCUGAUGCCCAUCAAUGCCUCAAAUGCACUAACCUUAGCCCAUCAAUUGCGGGUCUACACAGCUGAAGCUGCCAAUUUCUCAGAUAUGAUGGAUGUCAUCUAUGUGUCUCAGAUGAUUGAAAAGUUCACUGGUUACGUAGACCAGAUUAAACAGUUGACUGACGUCAUUGUGGAGAUGGCAAGUAACAUGAUGCUGGUAGAUGACCAUGUUCUAUGGAUGGCCCAGAUUGAAGACAAAGCUUGUACCAGCAUAGUGCAUUCCUUGGAGAAGAUUGCAACUUAUGCUGUCAGCACCAACUCUCAGCAUAUGGCUGUGAACUCCAGGAACAUCGCCUUUGAAGCCUACCUUAUCAUGCCAGAAAGUUAUCUGGGCAUGAGCUGCAUGGCUUUUCAGAAGCAUGAGAACCUUCGUCACCGUUCUCCACGUCAAGAACGGUAUUCUGAAUCCUUGGCAGACCAGCAGCUGAAGUUCCGUUGUGCUACAGGCCGGCCUAACAUCUCCUUGGCCACUAUCCACAUCAAGAACAGCAUUGCUCUGGCCUCCAUUCAGCUGCCUCUGGGCCUCUUCUCCCCACCAGUUCCCCACCAGCCCAUGCCCAUCAAGUGUAAGCUUCAAUUCCUGGUGUUCCGUAAUGGAAAACUCUUCUGCAGCACUGGAAACUCUUCACACCUCGCUGAUGAUGGCAAGCGACGCAGCGUGGCCACCCCAGUGAUCUAUGCAGGCACACAUGGCUGUGGCGUAAGAAAUCUCACUGAGCCAGUCGUCAUAUCGUUGCGGCAUUUCCACGAGGGCAUAGAUCGCACAGCUGCUUUCUGGGACUUUGACAUUCUGGGUGGUUAUGGCGGCUGGAGAGCAGAAGGUUGCCAGCUGAUUCUGCAGGAACCCAACUUCACCACUGUGAGCUGCCGACAUCUCAGCAACACUGCUGUGCUGAUGGAACUGAGCAACUUCCUGCAUGACUCACCGAGUCCCGCUGAGGUGCUACAUCCUGUAAUUUACAGUUGCACGGGUCUCCUCCUCCUGUGCCUGUUUACCACCAUCAUCAUCUACAUCAUCAAUCACAGCACCAUUCAUAUUGCACAGAAGUGCUGGCAUAUGCUGCUAAAUCUUUGUUUUCACAUCGCCAUGACAUCUGCUGUAUUUGCAGGUGGCAUCACUCUCACCAACUAUAUAGCCAUCUGCCAAGCUGUUGGCAUCAUUCUCCAUUAUUCUUCCUUGUCUACUCUUCUGUGGAUGGCAGUGAUGGCACGAGUGAUCUACAAGGCAUCCACCUGGAAGGCACCCCAACAGCAGGAAGGGGAACCAACUCAGCCUGCUCCUCGUCCAAUGCUACGGUUCUACCUGAUUGCUGGAGGGAUCCCCUUGAUCAUCUGCGGGAUUACAGCAGCAGUUCGUAUUGACAAUUAUGGAGAUCAAGACUCAUACUGCUGGCUGGCUUGCCGACCAAGCAUUGGAGCAUUCUAUGUGCCUGCAGCUUUUAUUUUGCUCAUCACCUGGAUUUACUUCCUAUGUGCCGGAAUCAGUCUGCAGUGCCGAGCUAAGGAUCCCAAAGAAAUACCCAAACCCUUGGAAACAAGGCAGCGCUUCGGAGGCAGUAGCAACCUGUUAACCGAUUCAGGAUCACUUUCAGUCACCCUGAAUUCCAGCCUCCAUGCUGCUGAUGUUGAUGGUGUGUAUUCGCUAGGGGUUCAACUCUGGGCUCUUGUCAUCACCCAUUUCCUAUACCUCACUUUAUGGACAUUUGGAGCAAUGGCAGUAUCUCAGCGUUGGUUCCUCCUGAAGGUUGUCUUCAGUUGCCUCUACGGAGUCACCGCUGGAGCCUUAGGAUUUUUCAUCUUUAUCUACCACUGUGCCCGGCGCAGAGACGUACAGAGUUUAUGGUUUACCUGUUGCCCAUCUUACAGGAAUGCUUUACCUAUGCAGGCUUAUGGGCACACUGGAGCAGGUGUUGAAGAUGGCUCACAGGUCUUCAUUGGCUGCAACCCAGAAGUAGCUCAGUCCAUUAAGUCUUCUUCUUCCCCUACCAGCACAAUUUCAACCCCAGGGCCCUGCAAACUCAACAAUUUGCAAGUGGCCCUUGCCCAGCCAGACAGUAACCCUGUAACAACUGCCUGCUAUGAGGAAGCAGAGCCUUCCAACAGUAAGAGUACCCCCUCAACCAGGUAUACAAACAAUCUUCAUGGGCGCACCAGACUCCAUAAAAGCAGAACUAAACUCUAUCGAGAAGGGAAGCAUCAGCGCCUGAAGGCAAUGCGGGGACCUUCCUCAGAGCAUCCUACUAGUGAGAGCGGGAGCCUUCAGAACAGUCAUUCAGAGAGUUACCAAAGCAGCCGGAAUAGCCCUUUGAACAAUCAGAACCAAGGGAAAGUUGUGACUCUGGAAUCCACCCUGACGCAGUCGGACUUGAGUGAUGGCAGCGGUGGCCCACAGUCUGUAGAUGUUGGCCGAGGCCAGAGGAGAAGCAUCAGCAGAGACAACCUUAAGCAUCAGGCCAACCCCUCUGUAGAAAGAGAGACUAAGAGGCGCUCCUUCCCACUCAAUGCAGCCAAUCAGAACGGGGUCCUGAAGGGUAGCAAAUAUGACAUUAAUCUCAGUGGUGCUGACAAUGCAAGCAGCAUGAAAACAGGUCUCUGGAAGAGUGAGACAACAGUGUAGGAAGGGGUCAAAGACCUCUGCAGCUGGGAUCCUAGAACAACACCAACUAAGGUAGGAAGCUGCAGGUUACCCUUGUUGCCACAGCCUAACAGACUCAGUGAACAGAACACUCUUAUGCACUACAUAGGCUUAGAUAAUAUGAGAUGGGCAGGCAAGAACCAUGCUCCCCGCUGAUCCUUCUGAGCAGAUGGAGUAGGGAGACUGUUCUGUCCUGUCAUGAGAAUCACAGUACAUUUCACUUAUGUAUCAGGUGAAGUUGCUGUUCUUUGUGCCAGGGAACAUUUUCUCCAGGGAACAAGCAGAAAGCCACAAUCAGCCAAGGUGCCAAAGUUGCAAAGCAAGAGACAAUCAUCUGUUCUUGUGAUUGUAUGGUCUCCCUCCUUCAUGUCCCUUUAUAUCCUUGAUAUUUCUGUACACAAUCCCAAGGAAGACAGUGGUCUAUAAGCUAAAACUUCUAAUAUGCUGUGUACAUAUGUAUAGGCAAAUUUGCUAUCCAUUGGAAAGUCUCUACAUGUUUUAUGCAAAAUAACUCAUGUUAUAUAAGACAAGGGAAGCUCUUCCCAGUCAUUCAAAUUUGUGCACAUUAGUUUUGGUUUUGAUAAAUCUAAUGAAUGAGUAUAGAGCUGUCAAGGAAAAAGCCACAAAACAGAAAGAGGUGCACUGUUAAUUGUCCAAAGGUGCAUGCCUAGAUGACAAUCCUUAGUCUUCUUUAGUCUUUCUUAAGGAAGAGACUUGGGGAGAAUAUGAUUUGUUGGGCAUCAUUGCCCAAAAAUACAAAACAUCAAGAGCUCAGAACAAUUGUCAACUUUGGAGUGUCUUAUUUUACCUAGAAGAGUUUUCAAAAGAUGAGUUAAAACACUUCUAGAGCAAAUUAUUUCUGAGCUUGACAUGUUUUAUAUAAAAACUUUUUAAUAGCACUUUCAAGCAGAAGCUAUCAGUAACCACCUUUCAAGUUACCUGCUGUGGAACUGAAUUGGAAUAGAUUACUUGUUUAGAUUCUGAUUGCUAAGGCUGUUGGUACACAUUUGCCACACAGCUGCUAAACAGGCCUGAAGGAUUACAUCCAACUUUGAAUGUUAGGCGGGGAACAGACUGAACAAAAACUCAGACAGUUCUAUCCUUUUCUGUGAUUCCAAAUCGAGUCACUCCUCACGUUCAAAGUUGGAAGUAAGCCUUGAGGCCUGUUUAACAGAUGUGUGGAAAAUAUGCCCAAUGAAGCCUCACUAGAGGCAUGACGCAGCUAACGCGCCACAUAGAAGCCUCUGAAAUACAUGAAGCUGCUGCAAUGUUUAACUUGUAAAUUUGAUCCACUGAAAAAAGUGAAACACAAUUUUAUUGUUCUUACCUAGGGAUAACUGGGUUGGAUGUUUUAAUUAAUAGGUUAAAAACGUCAACAAAUUUAUUAUGGGCAGUUAUAAAAACCGCAGAGGACUUCCCUGCAUCUUAACGGAUUAACAGACCUUAAUGGAUUCCCUCUCCUAUAAGAUAGAUUUUCCUCUGCCUAAAAGUAAAACAGUCUGCUUGCUUCAGAAAAAUCGAGGGUUUUUCCCCAUCAACCAUUUUAUUAAAACUGAUUAUGUUUAGUUAACCAUGUUUUUUUAAAGAAAGCCCAUAACCCCUCAUUAUAUGAAGGAAAGCAUGCACAUCGCCAAACAGGAAAAAAAUGAAUAAGAAAAAGUUUAGAAUAGAGUGAAAAUUGCCAAGAAAAAAGCCUUAGAGGCUUGAAUGACAUUAAUCCUUUAAGGAUUUGGGAAGCUAUGGAAUAUUAUUUUUAAGCACCUUGGGGACAUUCCCUUAAUCUUUAUGCAUAUGGGACAUAAUGUUUUUUUUAAAAAAGGCCUCUUUGCAAUACAGUAACCAUUUCACAGAAUUGUGCAGCAAUCCCGAUUGAAUCUGUUGUCAAAAAUGAGCUGAAUGAAGCCAUUGAGAUUCUUUCUCGAAGGCAGUUUCCAGAAAUAUUGAAAAGAAUCAAGCUUAUUAUUCUGUUUGCUGGCAUUUUAAUUACUCUGCACCCAAUAGUAUAGGGACACUGUUUACAUACCAUAUGCUAUAUUCAAGAACAAAUCCCUCCUGUAGAUAUGAAAAAUUCAAUUGAAGAGAACCCCCCCCCCCCACUCCCACAAGAAUUUCCUUGCUGGGUUGAUGACAGUUCCAAGUACGUAGCACUGCAUCUGUAAUGUUACCAGUUGAGGGAAGAUCAGGAGAUGCCACAAAUGAGAUUCUUUUCUUCUAGGAAUCUCAUCUUUGCUCCAGGAACCUCAACAUGGGAUUCAUAGCACUGACGUGCCUAUAGACAUUUUCUUCAACAACUUCAAGAUUUCCUAUUCUGCUUUUUAAAAUCAAAGCAAUAUUUUAAACAAAGUUGGUAAGCUGUGGGAAAAGCUGCCAGCUUCUGUCAUGUUCUUUAUGUCCAGAAAUGCCUUUGUUGGCCAGGCAGGGUCCUCAUAGAAGGCAGCAAGGGCAGUAUUUUGCUAUUGAAAAUGUGACCAUGUUCUUAGAACAAAAGAGGAGCUAAUAUCUAAUAUUAAUAGGGUAGUAAAGAGCAUCCUUGCUCAUUUUCUUUCUGGUAAAUGGGAGUUUCAAACUGGCCCAACCACCACAGCAGUCCUUCUGAGAAUUCACAAUGGGGCCAUGACAAACAUUUUGUGAGGUUGGCAUAUUUUUCUAUUUCAGAGGUUGAGGGAUUCCUGCCUUGGCUUAAGGGGAAUUAUGAUAGCAUCUUUUGUUGUUGUUGUUGAAGAAGAAAAUAAGAGACAGAGGGAAACCUAAUUCAAAAUGGACGUACAGUAGUCCUUAACUUAUACCAUUCAUUUAGCAACCAAAGUUACAAUAGCAGUGAAAAAAGUAAAUUAUGACCACUCUUCACCCUCACAACCAUUACACAUCCCCAUGAUCAUAUGGGCAAAAUGGGCUUGAACACUGGGAUAUAUUUAUGAUGAUUGUAGAAUCCCAGGG